AUGACUGGUAUAUGGAUUGCUGGGAAAAUCAAAAGCUCACAAUCUGGUUCCUUUUAUGGGGAUGAAACUGAUGGUAUGCAUUUUUCAGCUGUUGUACAAUAUGCAAUGGCUCAAAAUAGUAUUGUUAAGAGGCGAAGAGAAAAUGCUGCAAAAUUAUUGUGGAGAUCAGCCUCAAAGAAGUUACUAGACAAGCCUCAAUAUGCUGCUUCAACAAUAGACAGUUUUCGAGGAAGAAGUUAUGCACUUGCAGAUCUAAAUGAUGAUGAUAUAUCUGUUUUUAGUUCAGCAUCCCAUCUAGAAUAUCCGUCAAUUACUCCUAGUUCAGGAUUACCAACACCUUCAUUUAUUGACGAUCAUUUUUUUUUUUUCGAUGAACCAAUUAUUGAUGAAGAGCUUGAACUUGAUCAGGCAGAUGGAGGGCCAUCUGCAAUGCCUACUCCAAAAAUAACUUUCUUUAAUACUCUAACAAGUGCUUUAUUGAAGUUUUCUUGUCUGCUGGAAAAUGGACUUCCUCCAUAUGGUGUUUCUAGAAAGGCUUUAAAAAUUAUUGAAUCAUUUCUAAUUCCACUAGGAGUAUGUCUCGCCAAGUUAGUGAGCGACGUAAUCGUAUUGAAAGGCCUAUUGAAAGAAAAAAAAAAAAAACGCGAAUUUGGAAAAAGUGUUGUUGCUAAUAUUCUUAAUCUAAGUCUUUUGAGAAAUCGAAUAACAAGUUCUGUGCGAGAACAAAUUGAUGAGUUUUCAGAUCAUAGACCAUAUUUUACAUACUGGUUAUCAUUUGUUCAAGUAGUUGUACUUAUUGUUAUGAUAUCUGUGUAUCCAUUUGCUCCUAUUGGUGUCAGCGAAAGAUCAACACAAAAAAAUAUAUUAGUAAGUCGCAAUGGUGUUCUUGGUAUGGAAUUAAAAGGUAAAAAAGAAGUUGAAAGCUUCUGGAUUGGACCAACAUUGCAAACUCUAAUCAUUCUUGGAGCAAAAUAUGCACCUUGUAUGCGACAUGAUAUUCAAUUGUAUCGUGAAUUGUUAUAUGAGCGCGCAAUGGAAAACAAUACUGGGUGUUGCAUUCAAACACAUAACACUGGUUGUAUUCAAAGAAGUAAAAGGGAGUGCUCUUCAUCAUUCACUACAUAUAAACCUUCAACUGUUUGCGGUCAAGAUCCAAAAGCAUGUCUUACUCCUCCAUCCAAACCUCCAAAUGAGUGGGGUAAAUUGGCAAUAACAGAAUGGCCUGUUUGUCAGAAAUCAACAAAUAUUAGUCAAUUACCUCGUGAGGAUUACCCGCAUAUGCAUUGUGAAAUAACUGGGCGUCCGUGUUGUAUUGGAACACAAGCUGAAUGUAUUAUUACUAACAAAGAUUAUUGUGAUUUUAAAGAUGGUAUUUAUCAUGCUGAUAAAACGUUAUGCUCUCAGGUAGACUGUUUAGCAUCAACUUGUGGUCUCCUUCCAUUUGUUAAACAAGAUCAACCAGAUCAAAUUUAUCGCUUAUGGCUUUCCCUUUUUUUACAUGCUGGAAUCUUGCAUCUUGUCAUAGUUUUAAUUUUCAACUUUACUAUCCUACAAGAUAUUGAAUUGAUGGCUGGUUGGUUGCGCACUGCUUUGAUAUACUUGUUAAGUGGUAUUGGUGGUAGCUUGUGGAGUAGUAUCUUGCUCCCGUAUUCACCAGAGGUUGGUCCGUCUGGUUCUUGUUUUGGUAUUAUUGCAUGCUUGUUUGUAGAAUAUAUUCAAAGUUGGCAACUAUACAAGACUCCCUGGAUAGGUUUUUUCAAAUUAUGCGGAUUAGUUUUAGUUUUGUUUUUAAUUGGUUUGCUGCCGUAUAUUGAUAACUUUGCCCACAUAUUUGGUUUUGUUUACGGAUUUUUACUUUCAAUAAUUUUCCUUCCUUACAUCACAUUUGGUGAUUGGGAUCGUCGCCGUAAAAAAAUUCAAAUUGCUGUUGCUAUAGUAAUACUUUUUAUUAUCACAACUGUUGGUUUUAUUUUGUUUUACAAAGUUCAAGAGUUUCACUCUGCCGCUAUUACUUUCUUUAAUUGCAUUCCAAUAACAGAUAAUUUUUGUAAGAAUUACCAUCAAGGACAGUCGUUAGAAUCGAGAGGAGAUUUUUGAAAAACAUUGUAAAUAGCUAUUUCAAUAAAUGUUUGUUAAUUA